AUGCCAAAAGAGGUUAACGUAGAUACAACAACAAAAGGAACAACGACAGUUAAUAAUUGUUUAGAACCAAUCGCGGUGCAACCCAUUGCGGUACCACUGUCACCAGUCAUAGCACAACUUCACCAAACAAACACUUCACCACUAAAUAAUAACGGUCUUGUUUCAUAUUCAAAUACGAGCAAUACAGGGCAGACUUUUAAAAACAACACCGGGUUAAAGCAAGGCACGACCUUCACCUCUCAUACGGACUUUGUAGUAGCAGUUCAAGAAUUUUCCACGAGAAAUGGCUUUACUAUGCGUUUAAAUACUGUAAAGCGUAAUAGGGAAGGAAUUGUUAGAUGGAGAGAGAUAGUUUGUUCACGCUCUGGUACUCCAAGUAGUAAAAAAUCUGGUAUUAAACCGAUACGGAAUCGUCCUUCACAACGUUGUGAUUGUCCUUUUCUAAUUCGUGCUUCCGUUAAUGCAAACACUGGUUUAUGGGAAAUCAUUUCCACAAAUUUAUCUCAUAAUCACGAAAUUAACAACCAUCUCAACAAAUCUGUUACAACCGCGAAUUCAAUUAAUGAAGGAAAGGAAAUUUUUUGA